AUGUCUGCUGAUUUUGGCAUUAAAGAUAAUGAACACAAUACUUUGAUGAUGCAAAAGCUGGAUGAUAUGAGGAAAGAAAAGCGACUUUCUGAUUUUACAAUCAAAGUUGGAAACGAAGAAUUUCCUGUUCAUAGGAAUGUAAUGUCAGCCGGUUCGGAUUAUUUCUAUGCGAUGUUGUCUCAUGAUAAUUUAGAAAGCAAUACAGGAAUUGUUGAUAUGAAAGAAGUCGAUGUCGAUUCUGUGAAACUUAGCAUUGAUUACAUUUACACUGGAAAUGCUUCAAUUACUUUGGAGAAAAGUGAACAAAUACUCCAUGUUGCAAACAUCAUGCAAUUGUCAAGAUUUUGUGAAAAGAUAUCUGAAUUUCUUCAAGCACAAUUAGGUCCCAAAUCUUUCUUCAUCAUCCGACAACUCGCAAUAAAGUUUAAUAUGAAGGGUUUAGUGAAAGCAUGUGAUCAAUAUGCUGUCGGCCAUCUUGGAUCAAUAGCAAAAGUAGAGGAAUUCAACAAACUUCAUAACGAAUAUGUCAUAUUUUUGAUCACCUGUGAAUGGUCAUUGUAUUCAGAAGAUUCUAAACUGAAAAUUCUCCUACAAUGGAUCAAAGCUGAUACUGAGUCACGAGCUGAGUAUUUUAUAGAAAUGUUUGAGAAGCUCAAUAUUGACAAAAUUACCCCCAGUUAUGGAUCAUAUUUAGCCAGAAAUGAUUCCUUUUGCUCAAGUUCUGCAGAAUUUUUGAAAUUAUUAUACUUGGCUAAUAAAUCGAUUGAUACAGAGAGCGAAGUUAAUGUUUCUUUGUCUCUCCCUUUAUCAGAUGAUGGUAUAUUACUUUUUGAUAAGAAAUCUACAACUGUGCAAGUAUAUAGCCCAAUGGAGAGAACAUUCAAAAGGUUGAAACAACUCAAUAAAAACAUCCUGAGUGGCAAAUAUACCGCAGUUAUUUUGCAGAAACUCGUGUUUGUUCUUUUGCCAAGCAGAAAGGUUUAUCGUGUGAAUGUGUGGGAUGCUGAAUCAAGUUGGACUGAGGUGCAGAGUAUGAUGAAUGGUCAUGGAAAAUAUAUUAGAGCUGCAGUUCAUAACAACUUCAUUUAUGUUUGUGGGAAUAAAACAAUGGAGCGAUACAAUAACAAUGAAAACAUGUGGGAGAAUGUUGAGUGCUCUAGUAUCGAUCCUAGCCAAAGUGCAUUAGUUACAUUCAGAGAGGAGAUUUAUUUUAUUGGAGGCACAAAUGGAGAUAAAAAAGUUGAUAAAUAUUCUCCGUCUAUAGGAUCUUGGUUAUCUGUGGAACCAAUGAAUCUUGACAGAGGAACUCCUGCUGCAGCUGUAUAUGAUGAUCGAAUCUAUGUUGCUGGCGGGUUUUGGUGGUCAUCAGAGCUAUCAAGGACUGAAUUCUUCAAUCCAGAUGAUAAUACUUGGACAAAUCUUGCCUCAAUGACAAUUCCAAGGUUUGAUUUCAGUCUUUGUGUUGUUAACAACAGUUUGUUCGCUGUUGGACAUAGAUCUGGGCCUCAUUCAAUCGAAAAGUACGAUAUUGGUAAAAAUCAAUGGGAGAAAGUGACUGAUUUGACUGAUAUGGAGAUUAUAUCCGCUGCUUCGAUUGCAGUAAGAAUCCCAUUGUAUUGA